AUGACUGAACGUUUCUACGUAUGGGACAUUUGUGAUCUGAACAAUAUUCGACGUUGCAUGUCCCACUUCUACCACAGUCGCGGAGUCUGGUCCAUCGAUUGUUUCAGUGACAGUAUGUCCAAUCUAUCCCCAUCAGCUUCGGCGACACGUUUCAGUGACUCCGGUUCUUGUGUAAACAAUGCGAUGCCGUCCUGGUGGACUAGCGGAACAUUUGCCACAUGUGCAGAUGAUGGGACUAUCCGAUUUUGGAGUCUCGGGGACGAUUCCCCCGUGGACAGUGGGGAAUUGUCCGUGAAAAGUUUACAAGAUUUGUCCCAAUGGGGUGUCCCAUCUGAUUCGAACGUUGCAACUGAGCUGAGCUACGAGGCCACACCGAUAGCACUGCGCGUACAAAGCGUAGGCGGCAUCCAUGCGUGGGUUCGAAUCCCACCGGGGAUACUGAAUUUUUUCACAAUCGCCAUACAAAACGAAUUGUUGGGAAAGGAAAUAUUGCACAAAGUUAUCCAAAUGUGCUGA